AUGCAAAAAUACGAAAAAUUAGAAAAAAUCGGUGAAGGCACGUACGGUACAGUAUUCAAAGCGAAAAACCGUGAAUCGCACGAAAUCGUUGCCCUAAAACGAGUAAGAUUAGAUGAUGACGAUGAAGGAGUCCCAUCUUCAGCUCUACGAGAAAUUUGCCUACUGAAAGAAUUGAAACACAAAAACAUUGUUCGUCUUUACGACGUUCUUCACAGCGACAAAAAGUUAACUUUGGUAUUCGAGCAUUGCGAUCAAGACUUAAAAAAGUACUUCGAUAGCUUAAACGGUGAUAUUGAUUUAGAUAUAGUCAAAUCUUUUAUGUUCCAACUGUUGCGUGGAUUAGCGUUUUGUCAUAGCCACAACGUUUUGCAUAGAGACCUAAAACCACAAAACUUGCUAAUAAACAAAAACGGUGAGCUCAAGUUAGCUGAUUUUGGUUUGGCUAGGGCUUUUGGAAUCCCAGUCAAAUGUUAUUCGGCUGAAGUGGUAACUUUAUGGUAUCGCCCUCCAGACGUAUUGUUUGGAGCUAAAUUGUACACCACUUCAAUUGAUAUGUGGUCAGCUGGAUGUAUAUUUGCUGAACUUGCAAAUGCAGGCAGGCCACUUUUUCCAGGAUCCGAUGUUGAUGACCAGUUGAGAAGGAUUUUCAAAUUAUUGGGGACUCCCACAGAGGAUACUUGGCCUGGCAUGACCCAAUUGCCUGAUUAUAAACCAUUUCCUACAUAUCAACCUAGUUCAAGUUUAACACAGGUGGUAUCAAAACUGGGUAAUAGAGGCAGAGAUUUGCUGCAAAGGCUUUUAGUAUGUAAUCCAGUUGGAAGGAUUUCAGCUGAUGAUGCAAUGCAACAUUCCUACUUUAGUGACUUGAAUCCUACAGUUAAGAAUGAUCGUUGCUAA